AUGUCGUAUAACGAUAAUAAUCAUAAUCAUUAUGAUCCGAAUCAACAUGCGGCUGCUGGUGAUGAAGGUUAUUACCAGCAACAACCGUAUGAUGAUUUGAAUCAACCUCAACAAGAUUACUAUGAUCCAAACGUUCAGUACCAACAGCAACCGUACGACAUGGACGGGUAUCAGGAUCAAUUUACCGGAGGUCAGCAGCUUCCUGGUCAACCAAUCGGUGGCUACAGCGCAGACCCUGAAGCUUUUUCUGACUUCAGCUACGGUGGACAAACUCCUGGUACUCCUGGGUACGAUCAAUAUGGUACACAAUACACCCCAUCUCAAAUGAGUUAUGGUGGUCCAAGAUCAUCCGGUGCCUCUACCCCUAUUUACGGUGGUGGUAUGGGUAAUUACGAUCCAACCCAGUUUCAAAUGUCUUCUAGCUUGCCAUAUCCAGCUUGGUCUGCUGAUCCACAGGCUCCUAUCAAGAUCGAACACGUUGAAGAUAUCUUUAUUGACUUGGCCAAUAAAUUCGGGUUUCAAAGAGAUUCUAUGAGAAAUAUGUUCGAUUACUUCAUGACAUUGUUGGACUCUAGAUCUUCAAGAAUGUCUCCAGCUCAGGCUUUGUUAAGUUUACAUGCUGACUAUAUUGGUGGUGAUAAUGCCAAUUACAAAAAGUGGUUUUUCGCGUCCCAACAGGAUUUAGAUGACUCCAUCGGUUUUAGCAAUAUGACUUUAGGUAAAGUUGGUAAGAGAGCUAGAAAGGCAUCUAAAAAAUCCAAGAAGGCUAGAAAAGCUGUAGAAGAGCAUGGACAAGAUAUGGAUGCAUUAGCAAAUGAAUUGGAAGGCGAUUAUUCAUUGGAUGCUGCAGACAUCAGAUGGAGAGCUAAGAUGAACGCUUUAUCUCCAGAAGAAAGAGUCAGGGAUAUUGCCUUAUACUUGUUGUUAUGGGGUGAAGCUAACCAAGUUCGUUUUACACCAGAAACUAUUUGUUACAUCUAUAAGACUGCUUACGAUUAUUUGUUGUCUCCACAAUGUCAACAAAGACAAGAACCAGUACCAGAAGGUGAUUACUUGAACCGUGUUAUUACACCUUUGUACAGAUUCAUCAGAUCUCAAGUUUAUGAAAUUUAUGAAGGCAGAUUUGUUAAACGUGAAAAGGACCACAAUAAGGUCAUUGGUUAUGAUGAUGUCAAUCAAUUAUUUUGGUACCCAGAAGGUAUUUCUAGAAUUAUGUGCGAAGAUGGUUCUAGAUUGGUUGAUGUUCCUCAAGAAGAGCGUUAUUUAAAGCUUGGAGAGGUUGAAUGGUCAAACGUUUUCUUCAAGACCUAUAAAGAAAUCAGAACUUGGUUACAUUUUGUCACUAAUUUCAAUAGAAUUUGGGUUAUUCAUGGUACUGUUUACUGGAUGUAUACUGCCUAUAAUUCUCCAACUUUAUAUACGAAGAAUUAUGUUCAGACUUUGAACAAUCAACCUACUGCAUCCUCUAGAUGGGCAUCUGCUGCCAUCGGUGGUGUUCUUGCUUCAUUUAUUCAAAUUAUGGCUACUCUUUGCGAAUGGUUAUUUGUCCCAAGAGAAUGGGCAGGUGCUCAACAUUUAACUCGUCGUUUAGUCUUCUUGAUACUUAUUUUCCUUGUUAAUUUGGUUCCAGUUGUGUUUGUUUUCUAUUACGCUGGUUUACAAACUGUGUCUAAGGCUGCUCAUGCCGUAUCUAUCGUUGGUUUCUUUAUCGCUAUUGCCACGUUAAUUUUCUUUGCUAUUAUGCCAUUGGGUGGUUUGUUUACGUCCUACAUGAACAAAAGAUCAAGAAAAUAUUUAGCCUCUCAAACUUUCACUGCUAACUUCAAUAAAUUGAGAGGUUUAGAUAUGUGGAUGUCUUAUUUGUUGUGGGUUUGUGUCUUUGCUGCAAAGUUUUCGGAAUCUUAUUUCUUCUUAACUUUGUCCAUCAGAGAUCCGAUCAGAAUUUUAUCCACUACUAAUAUGAGAUGUACAGGUGAAGUUUGGUUCGGUAAUCAAGUGUGUAAACACCAAGCUAAAAUUGUUUUGGGUUUGAUUUAUGCAGUUGAUUUGUUAUUGUUCUUCUUAGAUACCUACAUGUGGUGGAUUAUUUGUAACUGUAUUUUCUCCGUUGGUCGUUCAUUCUAUUUGGGUAUCUCCAUUUUGACCCCAUGGAGAAAUAUUUUCACAAGAUUGCCUAAAAGAAUUUACUCUAAGAUUUUAGCUACCACUGAAAUGGAAAUCAAGUAUAAACCAAAGGUUUUAAUUUCUCAGAUUUGGAAUGCUAUUGUUAUUUCCAUGUACAGAGAACAUUUAUUAGCUAUUGAUCAUGUCCAAAAGUUGUUAUAUCACCAAGUUCCUUCCGAAGUCGAAGGAAAACGUACUUUGAGAGCUCCAACUUUCUUCGUAUCGCAGGAUGAUAAUAAUUUUGACACUGAAUUUUUCCCAAGAAACUCCGAAGCUGAAAGACGUAUUUCUUUCUUUGCUCAGUCAUUGGCCACCCCAAUAUUGGAACCAUUGCCAGUUGAUAAUAUGCCGACUUUUACUGUUUUCACUCCUCAUUAUUCUGAAAAGAUCUUAUUGUCUUUGAGAGAAAUCAUCAGAGAAGACGAUCAAUUUUCAAGAGUUACCUUGUUGGAAUAUUUGAAACAAUUACACCCUGUUGAAUGGGAAUGCUUCGUUAAGGACACUAAAAUUUUAGCUGAAGAAACUGCUGCUUAUGAGAAUGGGGAUGAUCCAGAAAAAUUAUCUGAAGAUGGAUUAAAAUCUAAAAUUGACGAUUUACCAUUUUACUGUAUCGGUUUCAAGUCUGCUGCACCUGAAUAUACUUUGAGAACUCGUAUUUGGGCAUCUUUGAGAUCUCAAACAUUAUACCGUACUGUUUCUGGUUUCAUGAAUUAUGCUAGAGCUAUUAAAUUAUUGUACCGUGUCGAAAAUCCCGAACUAGUGCAAUAUUUUGGUGGUGAUCCAGAAGGUUUAGAGUUGGCAUUGGAAAAGAUGGCAAGAAGAAAAUUCAGAUUUAUCGUUUCUAUGCAAAGAUUGACUAAGUUUAAAGACGAUGAAAUGGAAAAUGCCGAAUUUUUAUUGAGAGCUUACCCAGAUUUACAAAUUGCCUACUUGGAUGAAGAACCUGCUUUGAACGAAAACGAAGAGCCAAGAGUAUACUCUGCUUUGAUUGAUGGUCAUUGUGAGAUGUUAGAAAAUGGUAGACGUCGUCCUAAGUUCAGAAUCCAGUUAUCUGGUAACCCAAUUUUAGGUGAUGGUAAAUCUGAUAAUCAAAAUCAUGCGCUUGUUUUCCACCGUGGUGAAUAUAUUCAAUUGAUUGAUGCUAAUCAAGAUAACUAUUUGGAAGAAUGUUUGAAGAUUAGAUCAGUGUUAUCCGAAUUCGAAGAAUUGAAUGUGGAACAUGUUAACCCAUAUGCACCAAACUUGAAGAGUGAUGAUCUUCGUGAAGAAUCAGCUCCAGUCGCUAUUUUGGGUGCUCGUGAAUAUAUUUUCUCCGAAAACUCGGGUGUUUUGGGUGAUGUCGCUGCUGGUAAAGAACAGACAUUCGGUACAUUGUUCGCAAGAACUUUAGCUCAAAUUGGUGGUAAGUUACAUUAUGGUCAUCCAGAUUUCUUGAAUGCAACAUUUAUGUUUACAAGAGGUGGUGUUGCUAAGGCACAAAAAGGAUUACAUUUGAACGAAGAUAUCUAUGCCGGUAUGAAUGCUAUCUUAAGAGGUGGUAGAAUCAAACAUUGUGAAUACUACCAAUGUGGUAAAGGUAGAGAUAUGGGUUUUGGUUCUAUUUUGAAUUUCACUACUAAGAUUGGUGCUGGUAUGGGUGAACAAAUGUUGUCUCGUGAAUACUAUUAUUUAUCUACGCAAUUGCCAUUAGAUCGUUUCUUGUCUUUCUACUAUGGUCAUCCAGGUUUCCACAUUAACAAUAUGUUCAUUCAAUUAUCUUUGCAAGUAUUCAUGUUGGUGUUAGCUAAUUUGAACGCUUUGGCCCACGAAUCUAUCUUCUGUUCAUACGAUAAGAAUAAGCCAGUUAAAGAUAUUUUGUAUCCAUAUGGUUGUUACAAUUUUGCUCCUGCUGUUGAUUGGAUUAGACGUUAUACUUUGUCUAUUUUCAUUGUUUUCUUCAUUUCUUUUAUUCCUUUAAUUGUCCAAGAGUUGAUUGAAAGAGGUGUCUGGAAAGCUGCCCAAAGAUUUGUUCGCCAUUUCGUUUCAUUGUCUCCAAUGUUCGAAGUGUUCGUGGCUCAAAUUUAUUCUUCAUCAUUAUUCACUGACUUAACCGUUGGUGGUGCGAGAUAUAUUUCCACUGGUAGAGGUUUUGCUACUUCACGUAUUCCAUUCUCAAUUUUGUACUCACGUUUUGCUGAUUCAUCGAUUUACUUAGGUGCAAGGUCUAUGUUGAUUAUUGUGUUCGGUUCCGUCUCACAUUGGCAAGCACCAUUGUUAUGGUUUUGGGCAUCUUUGUCUUCUUUGAUGUUCUCACCAUUUAUUUUCAAUCCACAUCAGUUUGCAUGGGAAGAUUUCUUCAUUGAUUACCGUGAUUUCAUUAGAUGGUUAUCUCGUGGUAACACCAAAUGGCACAGAAACUCUUGGAUUGGAUAUGUUCGUCUUUCGAGAUCGCGUAUUACCGGUUUCAAGCGUAAGUUAAUUGGUGAUGCUUCUGAGAAGAGCGCAGGUGAUGCUACUAGGGCACAUAGAUCGAAUGUUUUCUUCGCUGAUUUCUUGCCAUGCUUGAUCUACACUGCAGGAUUGUACGUUGCUUAUAUUUUUAUUAAUGCCCAAACAGGUGUUUAUGAUAAUCCACAAGAAGUCAAUUCUACCUUAAGACUUGUUAUCUGUGCUUUAGCUCCUGUUGUCAUUGAUCUUGGGUGCUUGGCUGUUUGUCUUGGUAUGGCUUGUUGUGCUGGUCCAUUAUUAGGUAUGUGCUGUAAGAAGACUGGUGCCGUUAUCGCUGGUAUUGCACACGGUGUAGCAGUUAUUGUCAAUUUAAUUUUCUUUGUUGUUAUGUGGGUUUUGGAAGGUUUCGUCUUCGCAAGAAUGUUGUUAGGUGUUAUUACCAUGAUCUAUAUUCAAAGAUUAUUAUUCAAAUUCUUAACCUUAUGUUUCUUGACAAGAGAAUUUAAGAAUGACAAAGCUAAUACGGCUUUCUGGACUGGUAAGUGGUACGGCUCUGGCUUGGGUUAUAUGGCUUGGACUCAACCAGCUCGUGAAUUCUGCGCUAAAACUAUUGAAAUGUCUGAAUUCGCUGGUGAUUUCAUCUUAGCUCAUGUUAUCUUAUUCUGUCAAUUACCUAUCUUGUGUAUUCCAUUGAUUGAUAGAUGGCAUUCAACUAUGUUGUUCUGGUUAAAGCCUUCCAGAUUAAUCAGGCCUCCAAUUUAUUCGUUAAAGCAGGCUAGAUUGAGAAAGAGAAUGGUUAGAAAGUACUGUACUUUAUAUUUUGCUGUCUUAAUUUUGUUUGUUAUUAUUAUUGCUGGUCCAGCUGUUGGUUCAUCUUCGGCUCCAGAUGAUCUUGGACAAAAGUUGACAGGUAUUGCUCAAGGUUUGUUCCAACCAAGACAUAAGGACAACAACGAUACAGGUAAAAAGAAUAAGUACUCAGAUACUACAUACACCUUCUACAGUUUUACACCAUCGAACCAGAAGACUUUUACAACCAAGGCUUAG